UCCAGAAUCGGAUAAAAUUCACCAAUUUAUGGGACCAUAAGUCUUUCAAUUUGAAUUUUUGUUUUUGAAGUUCGAUUAGGCCUUUUUGAGAAAAUGAUUGAGCUUUGAGAAACGAUUCGACACUGGAACCGGAAUUCUAAAAUCGGUGUAGCAGAAAUCAGUUAAAUUCAUCUGAGGAGUGUGUAGACAUCUUUGAGAAAUUGUAGUGCGCAUUAAAUUUCUGGCUACCUUCCGAAUCGAAAACUGAAUACCGCUUAAGCUGAAAUAAAUUUAUUUGGUAAUCGACUAUCCAAAUCUGCCAACCCGAUAAACCUGAUUAUUUAUGUGAAAUGGACAUUUUUAUACUAAUCACUCUGUAUCUCCUAAACCAGAAGUCGGAUCUGACUAAAAAGUAAGAUGUUUUAUAGGAUGUUUAGACCUCUCGUUUGAAUCAUAGUUGAUUCUUAGAUUUCAUUUGAAUCUUAGAUCGGUUCAGCCAUCAACGAGAAAAAUGAGUUGCAUUAUUUUAAUUUUGUUUCACAUAUCAUCCUGUACUUCCGGAACCAGAAGUCGGAUCCAAACAUAAUUCAGGAACCUUGUUUGGGAGUAUACUACUUUUCAUAUGAAUUCUAGUUUGUAGAAAACGGUUUAGUCAUCUCCGAGAAAAUUGAGUGAAAUUAUUUGUCAAACACACAUUUGCUGAUUUCGACGAACUGAUUCGAAUGGGAGUUAUGUUCUUCCAGCAUUUAUUACUGUAAGUAGCUUAAAGCAAAAUAAAAAUUACACGAUAUGAAACGGUUAUAGUGUGAGAAAAGCAUAAAAUAUUUUGCAAGCCUCUGCAAGGACCUAACGAAUACAAUUGAUUUGUAGCAGCAAUUAAUCUUACUUAAAAGCAACAGCGUUUUAGUUGUGAGCUGAUGGGUUGAAUGAAUGUCUGUUGAAAUAACAUGCAAUACGAUCCAUAAGUUAACGACCACAAAUGUAUUUCUGGAAGAUUUAAGCUUCUCCUAUAAAAGCCUUCGGAACAGAUCUCAUCUGUGUCUUCGGAAAGCAGUAAGACGCAGUUUAGCUCGAUCGUUCGCCCGAAGAUGGUACUGAGCCAGUUGGUGUUUCUUUCUGUCUUAUCUUUGCUGGGAGGUGUCUCCAGCUUGGAAACUAACGUUACUUCUUCUUCUGCAUUCGGAUACGAAUUGACGAUGACCGGAUUGGAUGCGAUCAAUUUUAGUAUGCAAAAAGAUCAUCUCCGUUCGCAGGAAUACUUUCAAACUCUCAGCUCAGAAAUUGAACUGCUUCGGCGAUACAUCGAAAAAAUCGAAGCUAUCGUCAUUCGGCAGACCGCUCUUGUCAGUGAUCUUCACAGGCAGCUGAAAAAUGUGGCCAAUGUGGUGAAAACGGUUGAAAUCAUCCCAAACAUUCAGAGUGACUUACAAAUGCAGUCCAUCAACAUCUCGCAGUUACUCAAAGAUUCGAGCAACAUUUAUAAAAUUCAACAAACUUUACCCACUACGAAAAUGUUGAACGAUUUCGUUCUUCAACUGACCGCCGAUCGAUUCCGAACUGCGUCGGCAGAAUCUAGUCGGCCAUUUCAUCUUCUGCAAUCGGCGAAUUUACCACAGUCUUGUGCAGAGGUGGCGGAUCGUCGAUCGGGGGUCAAUCGAAUACAUCCCCAGGCUGGAUUUAGUGAUUCUUUCGAAGCGUAUUGCGAUCAGGACUACGAAGGCGGUGGUUGGACCGUGAUUCAGAAUCGUUACGAUGGUUCGGUAAAUUUCUAUCGUGGAUGGAGCGAAUAUGAAAACGGGUUUGGUGAUCUGAGAGGAGAGUUUUGGCUUGGACUGCAGAAGAUCCAUGAACUGACCGGUGCCAAACAUCACGAGCUGCACGUUCUGAUGGAGGAUUCCGACGGGAAGAUUGUGGUGGCGAAAUACAGUCACAUUCUGGUAGGAGGAGUUGGGGAAAAAUAUGCUCUGAACAGUUUAGGAAACUACAGCGGUAAUGCCGGAGAUUCACUUAGCUGGGCGGUGACGAUGAAAUUUUCGACACUGGAUUCUGAUAACGAUAGUCACCCUCCUGAUAACUGUGCGGUGAUCUACAAAGGCGGAUGGUGGUACGGAGCUUGUCACGAGAGCAAUUUGAACGGACUGUAUCUGGGAGGUCCACAAGAAGCUUACGCAACGAUGAUGUGCUGGGCGGCUUUCCGAGGACUCAAAUAUGGCCUGAAACGUUCGCGCAUGAUGAUUAAAGCAACAUCGUCCUAAUUUUCGUGUCCGUUACGGAGAUUUAUAGCCUGUUCGCACUACACCGGGACGACCGGGACGGAACCGUCCGGGACUAUCCGGGACGUUUUUUUCCUCAUCGGCGAUGACUGAGCUGCCGGCGUGUGCAUGUAUUGGAAUCCCGGACCCGGGAUAAAAUCCAUUUGCUUGCCACCGAUAUUCCUCACCGAGUUUUUCGCACCAUGCCGACAGGCCACACAGAAAGAGAGUGAAUUGAGAGAGCAAGAGCGAAAGGAAGACCGAAGUGUUCUUGUUCAUAGGUAGUUAUGCUGAUGGCAAUUGAAAUGAAUCUAAAUCGUUUCAUUGAUAUUUCUUAGCUUAAUCGAUUGAUUGAUUUAGUUAAUCAUCAAAAGUCCUUACAAUCGAGUAAUGUCAUUAUAAUUAGCCAUUACAUUACAUUUUGGGAUGGUGAUUUUUUAAAUGUUGCUACUCAUUACAUAUUGAAAUAUACUACUGAACCUCGUCUAAGGUCCCCUAUUGAUUAUGUUAUCAUUGAAUUAAAUAGAAAUGUAUCAUCACAGG